AUGGUUGCUAAGAGCUACGCUUAUGACAUCUCAGGUAAAAGAGCUCUAGAAGACGUCCUCCAACAAUGCGCACUGGACAUACCUCCAAUCAGGGGUAUUAUCCAAAGUGCUGCGGUUCUGAACGACUCGGUGUACGACAUGACACACGAAAUGUGGCUAGGCGCAAUCCGGCCAAAGAUACAAGGAACGAGAAUUCUUCACAACCUCCUCCCUGAGGACAUGGACUUUUUUGUGAUGUUGAGUUCGAUAUCAGGCGUAGUUGGUAAUCGAAGCCAGGCAAAUUACGCGGCCGGAAACACAUUCCAAGAUGCACUGGCUCGGCAUCGCCGAAAGAAAGGGUUGCCUGCAGUCAGUAUCGACCUUGGUUUGAUGCUAGGUACUGGCUUGAUAGCCCGGAGAGGUGGCUCCACGAACUUGAGAAAAUCAGAAGCAGUGGGACUGUACGAAGAUGAUUUCCAUGCGAUUGUGAAGGCUGCCAUCUUUGGAUCGUAUGGGCAAAGUGAGACGCCAGCUCAGCUUAUCACCGGGCUCCCAACGGGAGGGAUACUACGGAUGGGAGGACUAGAAGAUCCGUUUUACUACGACGACCCACGAUCCUCGGGUUUGAAAAAAACGGGCCUAGACAGCCUGACAGAUGAUCAAAGAGGAGAAGGUGGAGAUUCCUCUGGGGAAGUUGACGCUUCAUCUCAACUGGCUCACUGUGUUUCUUUGCAAGAAGCAUCGAAAUUGAUCAGCAUUGUUUUCGGAAAACCACUGCACACUUAUGGAGUUGGUUCACUUAUGGCUGUCGAUUUCCGGACUUGGAUAUUGAUACACACCAAAGCAGAAAUCAGCUUAUUUGACGUACUAAGUGGCGGGAGUAUUGAGAGUCUGGCUACAAAAGUCGCUACAACGUCAAAGUUGGUUCCAGCAGGGAUUGUUAGGAAAGGAGAUUAG